CUCUACUCUCCCCCACCCCCACCAAAUAAAACGUAGCAAGGUCAAGGAGGGGCACGGCCAUUCCGAUUCGUGCACUUCUGCCGGAACGGCCAUGCCAGGUUUGCCACGCUACGUUAUAUUUUGGGAGUGGUGGGAGGGGGGAGAAGCAGCAGAGAUUUCUUGUUUUCUAGGCUACGGAAUACUUACCCAUCCUGUGUUCAUCUCCCUUGUUAUCUACGCCUGCCUACAGUAUGUUAGGUACCAUGCUAACUACAUAUGGAUAUCUUGGUUGUGGAAAAGUUAUACCACCCCGAGUCUUCCUGCCAGAAUACCUGGCUUAUUAUCCUGGCAUAGCGCGUCUACCUCGUGCGGGGUUUUACAUACCCACAAUACGUAGUAAACUAACUUCCUGAAUCCUUACUUCUUAUGCAGCAACCAUCUAAUCAUU